CACAGCUUGAGAAAUGCUUUAACUAAUCAGUGUUUGUCUUGCGUAACAGUUAUACUUCACAGAGUAUUAAAGGCAAUACACCGAGGAGGUAAAUGUGUGACUAGCAUGCAAAAUGGCAACUGAAAAGAACACGCUGCUGUCCUUAAUUCUCACUGCUGGGAUUACAGCACUUGUAGCUACUGGACAAAAAGCAGAACAACCAGAAGUGGUGACCAACUAUGGGAGUGUCCGAGGGUACCAAGUCAAAGUAAAUGCAGCUGAGAGGAGUGUAAAUGUCUUUCUGGGACUUCCUUUUGCUAAGCCUCCUGUUGGACCAUUAAGGUUUUCUGAACCCCAGCCACCUGAGCCAUGGAACGGUGUCAGAGAUGCUGCUUCCUACCCACCAAUGUGUCUACAGGACAAAGUAACAGGACAGUAUUUUUCAGAUGCUAUUACUAAUAGAAAAGAAAAAGUUCGUCUCCAAAUGUCUGAAGAUUGCUUAUAUCUGAAUGUAUAUACACCUGUUUCUACAGAAAAACAGGAGAAGCUGCCUGUCUUUGUAUGGAUCCAUGGAGGUGGAUUAGUUUUUGGAGCAGCUUCAUCAUAUGAUGGCUCAGCAUUAGCAGCCUUUGACAAUGUGGUAGUUGUAACAAUUCAGUACAGAUUAGGUAUUGUUGGAUAUUUUAGCACUGGUGACAAGCAUGCUCGUGGUAACUGGGGGUAUUUGGACCAAGUAGCAGCUCUCCAGUGGAUUCAGGAAAAUAUCAUACAUUUUAGAGGAGAUCCAGGAUCUGUCACCAUUGUUGGAGAAUCUGCAGGAGGAAUCAGUGUUUCUGCUCUUAUCUUAUCUCCUCUGGCAAAGGGCUUGUUCCAUAAGGCCAUUUCAGAGAGUGGUACUGCGGUCAGGAUUUUGUUCACUGACCAGCCUGAGGAGCAAGCACAGAGAAUUGCUACUGCAGCUGGCUGUGAAAAAUCCAGUUCAGCUGCAUUGGUUGAGUGCUUAAGAGAAAAAACUGAGGCAGAGAUAGAACAGAUAACUCUAAAAAUGGAUACGACAACAUUGCAGCUAUGCUAUACCUCAUCUGAAAAAUGUGAACAGCCUCCCAUGUUCAUCAGUGCAUCUCUGGAUGGCGUAUUUUUUCCUAAGAGUCCCAGGCAAUUACUAUCUGAAAAAGUGAUCAAUGCAGUCCCAUAUAUAAUAGGAGUAAAUAAUUGUGAAUUUGGAUGGGUACUUCCUACAAUGAUGAAAUUUCCUGAUGUUACAGAAGGUCUGGAGAAAGAUGUUGCACGUCAAGUGUUACAGAGCAUGUUAGCAUUAUCGUUUAAGGGUGCUACUUCUGACGUUGUUGAUCUAGUAUACAAUGAAUACAUAGGGGCUGCAGAGAACCGUGCUCAGGUGCGAGAUGGCCUUCUUGAUUCAAUAGCAGAUUCUUUGUUUGUUUUUUCAGCCAUUGAAGUGGCUAGACACCACAGAGAUGCUGGCAACCCUGUCUACUUUUAUGAAUUCCAGCAUCGACCAAGCUCAGCAGCAGGUGUUGUACCGGAGUUUGUAAAAGCAGAUCAUACAGAUGAGAUUGCCUUUGUCUUUGGAAAGCCAUUCUUAGCUGGGAAUGCUACAGAAGAAGAAGCAAAACUUAGCAGAACUGUUAUGAAAUAUUGGACUAACUUUGCUAGAAAUGGAAAUCCCAAUGGAGAAGGCUUGGUACAUUGGCCUCAAUAUGAUCUGGAUGAACGAUAUCUGGAAAUAGACCUAAUACAAAAGGCAGCGAAGAAAUUGAAAGAACGUAAAAUCGAGUUUUGGAUGCAGCUUACAGAACAAAUAAUGAGUGACAGAAGAAGAAAACACACAGAUUUAUAAGAGUUGCAGAGGAUACAGCUUCCUUUUAAAACCUGAAGUAAAGUCAAACAUUAGUUUGUCAGAAUGUAGAGUUUAAUAAUCACUUACUAACUCACUAGUAUGUAAUUUGUUGUCAUGAUCACAGUGAAAGGAGAGAUUCAAGGGAAAUGUAGAAUGGUUGUGGGACUAAAAAUCACUAAUAAAUCACUAAUGAAGUAAGCAG